CUAGAAUUUUUAGCAUAAUGCAUAAUGGCGACGAUUUCUUUUUGACAGUUGACUUUACUUUUGGCGCACGUGUUUUCUCACGAACCGUCCUCAAAAAAUUAAUAAAAAUAUGAAUGUCGAGAAAUUGAAGAAACUGCAAGCGCAAGUGCGUAUCGGUGGUAAGGGUACUCCUCGCCGCAAGAAGAAGAUCGUUCACUCCACCCCCGCUACAGAUGAUAAGAAAUUGCAAUCUUCAUUAAAGAAGUUAUCGGUCAACACCAUACCCGGCAUUGAGGAGGUCAACAUUAUUAAGAAUGAUGGUACUGUCAUCCAUUUCAACAAUCCCAAGGCACAGGCUUCGCUGCCCACCAACACGUUUGCCAUUACCGGUCAUGGGGAAAACAAAUCCAUUUCGGAUAUGUUGCCAGGUAUUUUAACACAAUUGGGUCCCCAAGAUAUUACACAGUUGAAAAAAAUUGCCAGUGAAUUGGCCAACAAGAGUGGUGCCGCUGCUGGAGCUACUCCAGCGGCAAAUGCGGGCGAUGAUGAUGUGCCCGAUUUAGUAGAGAACUUUGAAGAAGUCGCCAUUGGUGGUGCCAAACAAGCUGAAUCUUCUGAAGCUGCCAAGAAGCCCGAAGAAGUACCAGUAGCUUAAGAGAAAACCGCCACCAGCUCAGUGGAUACCUUUUUAUUUUUACUAGAAGGGUAGUUUAAAGGGAUGAUACACAACAAAACAAUACCAUUAUUUUUUACAAUAAUUAUUAAAGAAACAAAACAUUUUUUUAUUAACUUUCAUCCGUUUACUUGGAAGUGUUGGAAGUUGUAAAAAAUUUGAAAGGGGGUUUUUCCCAACCAGUGGACUCUAAACAUACACACCAUCCUCUGGCUAGGGGAAAAGCAAAACAAAUAUUAUUGGGCAUCGUAGUAAUCGAGUUUUACUAUAUAUAUUUUUCAUUAAACUUAACUAUAUAUAUGCUUAUAAAUAAUAGUAAGAAAUAUUUGUUAACAAAAGUGUUGUAGUACAAACACACACAGAAACACUAAUUAUGAUACGAAAAACAAGUUGUUUACUAUUAAAGUUCAGGCAUCUUUUGAAAAGUUUGUCUGGGAAACUACAAAACCAACAUGUUUAACGGACUCUAAUAGUAAUCAUACAAAAUAUUACAUCAUUAAAUCACUCCCAAGAAAUGACAGGCCCGGCCCCCAUGAAAACAUUUUCUAAAACACCAAUAUGGGGAACUAGCAUCACACUGCACAUUUCCUGGGACAUACGACAGCUCGAAAAUAACCUCCCCCUAUUCAUUACACUAGUUUCAAUACUGUAACAGAUUCCAUUUUUACGUUGCUUGCAUUGUACAAAUAUAUACAACAGUGGCACACUCCAAUGAUACACAUUGCCAGAUAAGAGGAUGGAUGGAGGUCUCUCAUUUUGUUUUUUCAAACAGUUAUUAUAAAACAUUCUUAUUUAAUUUAAGGAAAUGGAGCAUAGUCUUAAAUUUUUUAUACUACUAUGAGAAGAACAUCAAACAGCUUAUGUAAUGGUAACACUUAACAAUUCCAAAAGUCAGAUAAUUGAUUGUAAGACUCCUCUCCACCACCACCACCUCCACGACAAAUAACCUCCUACUCCUUUUAUGCUAAGAGAUGUUAGCUCUUAUUUUUAUUUGUUAAUAUUUUGGACCUAUCGAAUCAUUGUUUUAUAUUCUCUUCCUCUUCGCCCAAGUUGUAACUACCUAAAAAGAAUUAUUUUUUACAAAUCAGAUCUUUACUAACAAAACCACAAAGUCAUGUCCCAAACAUUUCAUACAUGGAAAAAUAAAAUCUUUAACCAAAACUGUUGAAACAACGUAA